AAGGGCGCCACUUAUGGGAAGAAUGUAUGACAACAUGUCCACAAUGGUGUAUCUAAAGGAAGACAAGUUGGAGAAACUCACUCAAGAUGAAAUUAUUUCUAAGACUAAGCAAGUGAUUCAAGGACUAGAAGCUUUGAAGAAUGAGCACAAUUCCAUCUUACAGAGUUUACUGGAGACACUGAAGUGUUUGAAGAAAGAUGAUGAAACAAAUUUGGUGGAAGAAAAAUCAAACAUGAUUCGCAAGUCUCUGGAAAUGCUGGAACUUGGACUCAGUGAAGCACAGGUAAUGAUGGCCUUGUCAAAUCACUUAAAUGCGGUGGAAUCAGAGAAGCAGAAAUUACGAGCUCAGGUUCGCAGGCUAUGCCAGGAAAAUCAAUGGCUAAGAGAUGAGCUAGCCAAUACCCAGCAGAAAUUACAAAAGAGUGAACAGUCAGUGGCUCAGCUGGAAGAAGAAAAGAAGCACCUAGAAUUUAUGAAUCAGUUAAAAAAAUACGAUGAUGAUAUAUCUCCUUCAGAGGAUAAAGACACAGAUUCUACCAAAGAGCCACUGGAUGAUUUAUUCCCCAAUGAUGAAGAUGACCAAGGACAAGGGAUUCAACAACCACAUAGCAGUGCAGCAGCAGCUGCCCAGCAGGGUGGCUAUGAAAUCCCAGCAAGAUUAAGGACCCUUCAUAAUCUUGUCAUUCAGUAUGCUUCCCAAGGCAGAUAUGAAGUUGCUGUACCCCUCUGUAAACAAGCACUUGAAGACCUGGAGAAGACAUCAGGUCAUGAUCAUCCUGAUGUUGCCACUAUGUUGAAUAUACUUGCAUUGGUAUACAGGGACCAGAAUAAAUACAAAGAUGCAGCAAACUUACUGAAUGAUGCUUUGGCUAUUCGUGAAAAGACCUUGGGCAAAGAUCAUCCAGCGGUUGCAGCAACUUUAAACAAUCUUGCAGUGCUUUAUGGAAAAAGAGGAAAAUACAAGGAAGCUGAACCAUUAUGCAAGAGAGCAUUGGAAAUCAGAGAGAAGGUACUGGGAAAAGACCAUCCAGAUGUUGCCAAACAGUUAAAUAAUCUGGCCUUACUAUGUCAGAACCAGGGUAAAUAUGAAGAAGUGGAAUACUACUAUCAACGGGCACUUGAGAUCUACCAAACAAAACUGGGGCCGGAUGAUCCAAACGUAGCAAAAACCAAGAAUAAUUUGGCAUCCUGCUACUUGAAACAAGGCAAAUUUAAGCAAGCCGAAACUCUGUACAAAGAGAUCCUUACUCGUGCCCACGAAAGGGAAUUUGGCUCUGUGGAUGAUGAAAAUAAACCGAUCUGGAUGCAUGCUGAAGAAAGAGAAGAAUGCAAAGGAAAGCAAAAAGAUGGCACUACUUUUGGUGAAUAUGGAGGCUGGUAUAAAGCUUGCAAAGUUGAUAGUCCAACAGUUACAACUACAUUAAAGAAUCUUGGAGCACUUUACAGACGCCAGGGCAAGUUUGAAGCUGCUGAAACAUUAGAAGAGGCAGCAAUGAGGUCCCGUAAACAGGGUCUUGAUAAUGUUCACAAACAGAGAGUUGCUGAAGUGCUCAAUGACCCAGAAAGUAUAGAGAGAAGGCGAAGCCGCGAGAGCCUCAAUGUCGACGUGGUAAAGUAUGAGAGUGGCCCUGAUGGAGGAGAGGAAGUGAGUAUGAGCGUAGAAUGGAAUGGGGAUGGUACUGGAUCUCUAAAACGCAGUGGCUCCUUUAGCAAACUUCGUGCUUCAAUUAGACGCAGCAGUGAGAAGUUGGUUAGAAAGCUGAAGGGAGGAAGUUCACGAGAGAGUGAACCAAAGAACCCCGGCAUGAAGCGUGCCAGCUCACUGAAUGUUCUUAACAUGGGUGGCAAGGCAACUGAAGAUCACUUUCAAGGACGAACUAAUUGUCUGACAGACUCAAGAGCUCUGAGUGCCAGUCACACUGAUUUGGCCCACUGAGGUUCUGGGACAGAUGCUAGCUAAACAAAAUUCCCUUGUGAAUUACAAAGCACUGAGGUUCAAAGUUUUUGGGUUCCCUGUUAUGGUCUUUCUAGAACCAUCUAGGUUAGAGAUGUCGUUGAGAGGACUGUUGCUCCUAGGCCUUCCUAAAAUGUGACAUUUAAAAAAGGCCCCUAGAGACUUGCUUCUUUGUCAAAUAUAGAGAUGGUUGCUAGAUAUCCUGUGCUGACCCCUUGGACCCAAGUGGGAUUAGCACUUCUCACUAGCUCAAACCAGGAAUUUAGUUGCCUCCUGGAAACUUUUCAUGGGUGUUCCCAGAAGUUGGUUCAGUUUUCAAGUUCCUUCCUCCGGUAAUUCUCUCUGGGGUGCAUUGUUUAAGGCCCAAAUUUGUUCAUUCUCUCCUAUUUCCUCUCACCUGCUUUUUUGGCUCAGUUUCUCCUCUUUGGUGAUCAGAUCACCUUUCCUUGAAUCAGUUUUUAAAAUGCCCCUUUUUCUUUCUGCACCCCUUCCACCCUGUCUUACAAAGACUUCUCGUAAUUCUGGUCAGUUCCAGUCACAACCAGAGUAUUGGUGGCUGUCGUGUUAUGUUUACUUUCCUUGUGAUUUAAUUGCUACUUGGUGUGUGUGUUUGUGAACAUUAAACCAAUUAAGUUAAUGAAUUUUAAUGAUACAAUUACAUUGCAAUUGAUUGAAGCAGUAGCACUGGAGAUACACUCUCCACUUCCUGCUUUAAGGCUUGUUUUUUGUGCCUUUCACUUCAAUGCUUAUUGCGUACUUGGUUUCUAGAACCUCUCUCAGGCUUAUAUUUUCAAGGCCUGUUUCUCUUAAUCCCGCACCCCCCAACAUGGAGUUUCCCCCUAUGAUCCUGCUUGGGAGCUCAGCCACAUUGACAUUUCAUUGUCCUCCAUGUUUUUCUAUCUCUCUGACUUUCUUGGUGUGCACGCUG